AUGUUCCAAUCGUGGGAGAAGAAGUUGAUGCGGAUGCUGAUGCUACUUAGAUAUCUCUCUGACCUCCGCGCAAAGGUAGCCCGGUUAGAGCAAAACCAAGGCAAUGCGUCAAUAGCAUCUCGGGUGCAAACGACGGCAGAUGAUGCAACGGCGCAGGAAGAGGAUAUAGACGCACUAGAACCGGACCAUGACCGACAGCAAGUCAAUCCAUUUAGCAUCGGGGGUACGAGAGACAAUUCGCCUGGGCAUAGACCUGAGCCUGACGAAUCGAACUUAAUCAACCCACUUAUUGAGUCCUUCAAAUUCUGGUCGUCUUCUGGACGAACUUUCUAUCUUGGUACCUCCUCAAACUGGUCAUUCCAUGGACAGAUACUCAAUUUAGUGCAUGAGCACACUCGAAAAUCACCUCUUCCAAGUGCCGACUUGUUGUUUGAUGGCUCAGCAUAUGAUCUGCCCUGGGAUGGUACUCGCAGCCUUCCAGAUUCCACUUCUCCGGUUAUUCCCAGUAUCGACUACGCCAUUUUCCUGAUCAAUGCUGUGAAAUUCCAUUGCGCUCAGCUUGUACAUCUUUUCGACGAGGAUGAAUUCAUGGCGAACAUGCACGCGUUCUAUUCGAAUUCUGAGACCGGUGCAUGGAAAGAGAGUAUGUGGUACAUACAUUUCCUUAUAAUAUUGGCUUUUGGAAAGACAUUUAUCCAAGCAAAAGGAAAUGCACCACGGCCACCAGGUGCGGACUUCUUUGUACAAGCCCUUCAGCUACUCCCAGAUACCAACCGGUUAUGCCGCGAGCCUGUGACGGCGGUCGAAAUACUUUGCUGUAUAGCGCUGUACUUGCAAGCCUUGGAUUCAAGAAAUGCAGCGCACGUAACAAUCGGUCAAGCUAUGCGCAUCUCAAUGAUCCAAGGGAUGCAUACAGAUAUGCCAGUUGAAAACUUGGGCGAACCUCUUGUCCAGCGAUGCCGCCGAAUUUGGUGGACAGUUUACAUCCUCGAUCGCCAAAUGACGUCUUUGAUGGGGCUGCCUCAAUCAAUCCAAGACGACGAUAUAUCCUGCCAGCCCCCAGACUUCGUAGGCUCCGCUCAGCGAGCUGCAGCGUUGAAUAUGCAAAUCAGACUUGCACGUAUACAUGCUGAGAUAGCUAAAACUGUGUAUGGCUCGAAAGGUCGCCUGCGCAAGAAGUUUGUCCUAAGCAUCAAGGCUGUUUUGGACGAUCUUGGGCAUCUCGAGGAUGCCGGCACAUCUACAUUUGUCACCAUUGUUGUUGUGACGAGGCCAUUGCUUUUCUGCUGCUUGAAGAAAGUCUUUGAGUCACCAAAAGAAGUGCGACCGUUGGUCUCAUCACGCAAAAUACGGCAUCUACUGCACAUAUCACUUGAAGCCUCACAGAAAAUCUUGAAUAUUCUAGAAAGCCUGCAAGAUCAAGGAUUACUUGAGACGUUCCUCCCAUGGGAUCUUGACGCACUCUUUGUAUCGACUAUGGUCCUCAUCCUAACCCGUUUUGUUGACUUCAGCUUGAUGGACAACCAAACAGGUCAUUUGGAUAAAGCUUACGGCUUUAUGAAAACUAUAGUAUCUAGUGGCAACCGAAUCGCGGCAUUUAGAAACGUGGAGCUCCACAAACUUGAAGAAAUGUUAGCGGAGUACUUCGAGAACAGGGAACAGCCACCCACUGCGUCACCAAACACGAUCGGCUCGGGCCCAAGCAUGCAACACCCACUCUCCUUUCCUGAAGGAUAUCAAUCUACAGCUGGGUUACUGAAUUCAGAGGACACACUGCCACCUCCCUAUACAGGGGUAAGUGAUGAGGGGAGUGGAUUUGGUGAUGAUUUGACGGCUGAGCAGAUUCUGGCUGUGGCUGAGUCUAUGGAUAUUGAGGGAACGGAUUGGCUAUCGUUCGCGACUUUAGACAACUACCAGAUCCUUGAUUCGAGUAUACAAUGA